UCACCUAUUCCAAUUCUUGUUCUUGGGAUAGCUAAAAGGCAAUUCGAUUUCUUGGAUUUAACAUUGGGGUUAAUGAAUUAGCUUAGCAUAGUGCAUAUUUGCCAAGAAGUAUUUUAUUGGCACUGCGGUACAUAGCACGCACACACAGUGUUUAUAAACAUGUAAAUACCGUCCCAAUGUAUGGCAUCUACAAUAUAGCUGCAUACCUGGCUGGGCGCCGUGUGGCCUUGGGCAACAUUCACCGUAUAUUGUUGAACAGAUCAAAACCGAUGAUUUGCGAACGCUGCAACAACAAGAGCCCUGGAUCUCGUCCAAAGGUUUCCGUCCCUUUUUUUGUUAGUUUCAGGAAGUACAGUAAGCCAGACAUUGCAUUGUAAGCGCGCUGUUCUAACACACACACACAUAUCCCGCGUCUCUGCGUUGCUCGUCGGUUGAUAGAAGAGGGGUUUUUUUUCUUCUUCUUCUUCUUAAAUGUUUCACAGUUCUCCAGUAAACAUUUUAGCAAUGGGCAGUUUUGUACUGUGGGGUUUGACGCUCGCGGUUGUUACGUGGGGCUACGGGCUUCGAGCAGAAUUCGUGCCAGGAACCACCCCGUACCUACAAAGCAAGGUGACUGGAAGAUGCAGAAAUUACGUGAAGAGCCAUCCUGACCUUGGGUAUAAAGAUUGUGAGAAGAUUUGGGAGGCAUUUUACAAUGCAUUCAUGAACAAGAAAAAUUGUAACAUCUCUUCAGAUAGUUACACGAAUUUCAUUCAUUUGGCACAUCAUUCUGUGCCACAAGACAAGGCACUCUUUUGGAGUAAAAGAAAAACGUGUAAGCACAGAGACCGGAUCAGGUUUGAAGAAACGCUGAUUGGUUAUAUAUUAGAUGACAUGCACUGGUGCCCAACUAAAGAUGGUAAAGCUUUGAAUUAUGUAACUUGCGAAGGUUGUGAAGGUGUUGAGAAAAACUUCUGGAGGAUUGCUUCAACAUGGUUUGCGAAAUCCGCCACAGGUGUUGUAGGAGUGUUGCUUAAAGGUGGAGCUUACCAGCCAGGAAGUAUUUUUUAUGACAACGAGGUUCCUAUACUUCAAUCUCCACGAGUGACUCACAUGGACAUCUGGGUUAUCAAUAACGAAAGUAAUGGAGAGACAUGCGACUCUGGAACUCAACGUGAUCUGAUUGAUCAUUUAAAUCUAAAGGGUAUAGGAUCCACUUGCUAUUCUAACAAGACAUCGCCUAACACAGAGUGCGAGUACUUCCCUAAUGCACACGACUGUGAAAUUACCUGCUCUGUAUCACUCGCUUAUCUUUUCAACAACCUUAUGACAGUUACCUAAUUGAGUGUGGUGCUAUUCAUGGGUUAUUCGUAGAACACUUUGUGUAGGAGACAUUUGUUAAUUUUGUAUAGCAUUCUGUAUUUGUGUGGCUUUCUUUAUUGUAUAUUUAUGUAACAUUUCUUUUUUUGUCUGUUUAUUUUUCCUUUUCAAACAGUGUCAUGUCAUGUCCAAUAAACAAUUGUUUCCCUCC